AUGCCUACCGGCUCUGAUUCAGUGGCGGAACUCCUCCUGGCAGAUUGGCAGGAACACGUUGAUGUCCUUGACAGCAGCAUCGUGAGGCUGAGGAGUUCUGUAGAGAAGGCCACGAAGGAGUUGCAGGCUAAGGAUGAUACACAUGAGGAACUCAAGAAGGCAGAGAAGGAUGUAUGGGCAAAUGGCUUCUUGAACCUUUAUCAUGUGGACAAAGCAGUCUCUCGUCGUUCGGCUGGAGUUGAUGCCACUCUGAAGAAGUAUAACGAUAAGAUCUUACAAUUGGCUGAGAUGAGAGGGAGAAAUGGGGUUGCUGAAGAUGCAUGGCUUCCCUCACCGCUCAGAAAGGAGGGUCUCUAUAAGUUGGAUGUAGAUCAAGAUAUAUGGCAAGAUUGUGAUCCUUCACAGUUCGAAGAGCUACCGGCAUGGCUCGCUGAUCCAUGUGUAAAGGAAGGUAUCCCUUUGGCACAGAUGGUUGUCAGCUGCCAAUCUGAGAUUGCCAGAUGCGAGGCUGAACAUGCCAAUCUCCAUCAAUGGAUAUGGGAGGAGAGUUACCAAGCUGUUCACCUAUACUUUUCUGCCCUUGGAAGUGAUGUUGACGUUGCCUUUUUUUCCCUCAUGCAGAUUCACAGGCUUCAUAAGCUACAAAAUCGCUGGGAAGGAAGUACCAAAACUUUCGAGAUCUCCGCUGGUACAAAAGACUGGGCUCCCAAUGACCCUCCACCCUCUCUUCAUGUGUUCCAUAGUCUGCCUGAAGUUCAGGCUCUUGCUAAACAUCAUAACCCAAACCAUUCACCCCCAGUCCACAGGGUGCCUGAUGAUGGUUCUGUCAGGUCCGACAGUGACGAGAGUGAUAUGUUUGAAUUGAAUGGUUCAGAGGAAGAAGAUGAAAUGCUUGCAUGGUUAAUAGAGGCAGCUGAGGCAGGUGGCGCGUCUCUAGAUUAG